AUGCUCAGCUGCGAGGGAUCUAAUGAGGAGGACCCACUUUUCGUGCCCUCGUCUGUGAUGGAGGAGGCGGCGGCCUCUGGAGAUAUUGGUCACCUCCCGGGCAUUUCAUUCGGCGUGGUGGAUGGCUCGAUGAAGUUGGUGGCCGAUGCCUCGGCCAAAAGGAAGAGGGACUCCUCUGAGUCACCGGGAGCGGUCUCGGUGGCGGCGGCCUCGUCGGAUUCUGAGCCCGCUGCGAGGGGCCCGAGGGCUUGCCCGCGGGCUAUAUCGGACGACUCCCCGUUCGAGGGGGGGUCGGGUGAUUGUCCCGUUGGCGGGGUGAUCGUCCUUUCAUCUGAGGAGUGUCCCACGGCGGACGGUUUUCCGCCGGAGCGGAAGAAUCGAAAACGAAGGCAAAAAAAGAAGAAACAAAAAAAGGAUGGAAACUCGACCCGGCCUGAGCCUGAGCUGAGGCCUGAUCUGGGGUCUCCUGGCUCGGAGGUUCUAAAACAGGUGAUGAAGUCUGAGGAGGCACUCGCGUCCUGCUCCGCGGCGGAAAUUGCGUCUAUGGCUAGGGCGUGGCUGGGAGGAAUAGAGAACGCACGCAAAACAAGCCAAAAUAUCAAGGGUACACUCUCGGGUCAGAUGGGGAAGCGAAUUAAGGCUCUCCAAAACGUGAUCGCGGUCUUCUCCGAGAGGGUGGAGGACGCGGGCGACGUUCCCUUCCUGCAACGGAAAAAAGACGAACUUGAAGAGCAGCUGAAGAAGGCCAAGAAAUCGGAGGACCAAUUGAAGAAAGAACUGGAGGAGUCGCGGGAGCGCACUUCGAAAUUAAGCGCUGAGUUGAGUGCACUGAGGGAGCGUAUUGGAUCAAAGUCCACAUCCAGGGAGGACAACGUGGCGACGGCCUCUGCGAAGGAACGGUCAUCGGUCGCGGUGAGGGGCCCCCGUGCCCCGCGUAAACACGGGACUAGGUCCCGCGUCUUGGCGGAGGCCUCCGCUUCUACGGACGUUGGCGAACCGGCGAUGGACAUCAGCAAGAGACUGGAGGGCUACGAGGUCACCCUGACCAACGAGAUCGGCAAUCUGAUGCAUAUUCAGAGUGACAUUGCGGCCCUGAAAAAGAGGGUUCUGAAUGAUGACCCGCCGCCGUCGCCGCCGCCCUGGAAGAGGGGCAUCCCGAGGAUUGUGGGGGAUGUACAAAUCCGCCCCCCCCUGAGGGUCAGAAGGGCGGCCCUGGACACGGAUUCCGAGGUCGUCGUAUCGUCGGAUGGCCGUGACUUGGUCUCGUAUCGGGACGUGGCCUUGCGGCAGAAGGAUAAAGGAAGGGGCGGAUCGAGCCUGACUGGGGGGGCUGCCCCCCGCUCACAUGUAGUGAAUAGGAUCGUAAGGAAAGAGGACGGACACACUGGCCCACGGACGAAUGGACCAAGAAUGAAUAACCAAAAAAGGGAUGGCCCUCAGCGCCGCCGCGUCCCUAGAUCUGCGGCGGUCGCUCUCAGGUCAGCGACGGAGGGGAGGCCACAUGCGGAGCUCCUUAAGAAAGCUAGACAAGAAAUUUGUAUCGGGGACCUUGGAAUUGUGAGGCCGCGUAUUAGGAUGGCUGCCAAUGGAGGAUACCUAAUAGAAAUCCCCGGCGAGGAUAGCUCCGCCAAGGCUGAUGCCCUGGCCGAGAAGCUGAGAGACUUUCUCGGCUCGGAUGCAGUGGUGACGCGCCCCAUGGCAAAGGGAGAGCUGAGAGUAAGCGGGAUGGAUAGCUCUGUCAUUCCGGACGAGCUGCGGGCGGCAUUGAUUGAUGCUGGUGGCUGUACGCCUGGAGACAUCAGGAUUGGCGCAUUCAGGAGAUCGCCGGGCGGCUUGUGCUCGGCCUGGGUGCAGUGCCCUCUUGGGGCGGCAAAUCGCCUGGCAACGGCGGGAUCCUGCAGCGUUGGAUGGACUACGGCUAAGAUAACUUUCCUCAAGAAGCGCCCGGUUCAGUGCUAUAGGUGCUGGGACUUUGGCCACGUGAGGGGUGGCUGUCGCUCAACGACCGACAGAGGAGGGGCCUGUUUCAAUUGCGGCAAGGAGGGUCAUACCCUAAGGGAAUGUGCGUCUAACCCGUGCUGCAUAGUGUGUCGCGAGAAGGGGCUGAACGCCGAUCAUAGGCUUGGCACGACAAACUGCCCGAGUGCACAGCCCCGCGAUCGGAGAGCGGAUCCAAAAACAGCAGGUUAA